AACAACAGAAACAACAACAGCCAAAUUGUAGUAAAAGCGUCGCACACGACGAAGACGACGUCGACGACGGCGAUGAGGCUGAGGAUGACGACGGCAAGUUUAAUUCGAUUUUAGUGUGUAACAAUCAGUGCGAGAAACAACAACAAAGAGUGCACCAAAAACUUUUGCAGCCUCGAGCUUGCACCUGUGUGCGUACAUUACUACGCGUGUGUGCGUGUGUGUGUGUGCCGGCUUGCCUUUGGCACCUUUAGGAUUUGGUAAAAAAAAAGCAAAAAGUGCAGUGUGCAAAAAGCUCAAUUGAGAGCGGACUGAGAGUGAGAGAGGCAGGCAGAACUGUUAAAGUGGAUUAGCAGCAGCAACAACAACAAACCCAACAGCAGCCGCGCAAAAAAAGAACAGAGUGAACAAACAGUCCCAACAACAAGAACAGCAAUAUAAGCAAAUAACGGCACCACUUGUUGUAGUCGCCUACAACUACUGUUUUUUCGCCACCCAUUACUGCUACACUCUUCACUUCACAUCAAUCUACUGCUAAACGCUUUUGGGAUUUAGUGCCGUACGUUUACUGAGCAGUUUGCGGAUAAAAGUCCUGUUUCAACUUGUGACGUUUGAAAAUCAUGAUUCCCAGAAAAUGCAGAUAAAAAUGCCAACGCACAUUAAUUGGAAGAUAAAACAAAUUUGGGCAAUUUUGCUCGUGUUUGCUUUUUGUCUGCUGCAAACUAAUGCCACCUGGGCAAAGAAACUGAAUGCAAGUCAGGCUUUUGAUGAUACAUGGAAUACGGCAUCUGAUUUGGAAAAUGAGUUGGAGCAACAAAAGCGCUCGAAAAAUACUCAAAAUAAUGCCGGUAGCAGCUCAUUAGGAUCAUCGGCUACAUCAAGUGGUCCUGGUCAGUGGUCAAGUUGGUCGGAUUGGUCGCAAUGUUCGCGCACUUGCGACGGCGGUGUUAUGCAGCAAAUGCGUCGCUGCAGCACCCAGAACGGCUGUCGAGGCGAGAGCGCUCGCUAUCGCAUCUGCAACAUGCAGCCCUGUCCGGAGCAACAGGACUUCCGAGCGAAUCAGUGUGCGGCAUACAACGAUGUGCCCUACGAUGGCACACUCUACAAAUGGACGCCGCACUACGACUACGUUGAGCCUUGUGCGCUGACAUGCAGAGGACACCCGGCACAUCUCACCGAAGACAUCUCCCCGGAGACGGCUGGCGGCAACGCCGAGGACUCCGAACACUAUGAUGAACAAAGCGUCAUUGUGCAAUUGUCGGCGCGUGUGCAGGACGGGACACGUUGCCGCUCCGGUAGCCUGGAUAUGUGCAUACAGGGCAAAUGUCAGCGCGUCGGUUGCGAUUUGAAAAUAGGCUCGACGAAGAAAAUCGACGGCUGUGGCGUGUGUGGUGGCGAUGGGAACUCCUGCUCGCAACCGCUCUAUUAUUGGGAGAUGGCACCGAUGUCGCAAUGUUCCGUCACCUGCGGUGGGGGUUACAAAAUAUCUCGUCCUAUAUGCAGGAAUCGACUGACUGGCGCUGAUGUCGAUGAGACGCUCUGCAGCGUUGCUAAUCGCCCGGAGCCGUCGGUCCUGCCAUGUAAUACACACAGCUGUCCGCCGCGUUGGAUAACCGACGAUUGGAGCACUUGCAGUCGCCUCUGUGGACAUGGCUACCGUGAGCGCAUGGUUGUUUGCGCCGAGGAAACUAACGGUAUUAAAACGAGGGUUGCAGAUAUUAUGUGCCGUACACCGAAACCGCCAACACAAGAGACCUGCAUUAUUGAGGAAUGUCCGCACUGGGAGGUGGAGGACUGGACAGCAUGCUCCGUCUCGUGCGGCCAGGGCAUUCAAAUGCGCGGUGUGGAAUGCAAAUCGACGGAUGGCAGCCUAAGUGCCAAAUGCGAUCCGCUUACGAAGCCAGCCAGCAUGCAACAAUGCCCCACAGCCACUCAUUGCGAUGGGGGUGGCAGCAAUGGUGGCCAGAAUAAGGGCGGCGGUACCAUUAUUCUGGGCAGCAGUCGUCCUUUGAACGAGCGCUCGGAGCGUCACAUGGACAGUUCCGCCCUGGAUGAGGACGAAGAAGAUGAAGAAGAUGAGGAAGCAGAUGACAUGGAUGAUGUAGAAUCGGGUCAGGAUACAGAUGAUGGUGAGGGCUUGUCGUAUGCGGAUCAGCCCCCGCGCUACGCCCAUCAUACGCAAAGUCGCUUGCAACAUGAAACGCAAGAGGAGCCGCGCACAAUGCGUCUAAUGAGCGGCAGCUCCAGUAACAGCUACAACAAGAAUGGCAGAGGAAAUGGCGCUAGCAUUUCGCCAUCUCUGGAUCCAACGUUCAUCAAGGACAGCGAAUGGUCGCCCUGCAGCGUUACCUGUGGUGAGGGCAUCCGUCGACGGGCCUUCAAAUGCAAAAUAUUCCUCGAAUAUUCACGCACAGUUGCCACAGUAAAUGAUACGCUUUGCGAGGGCCCCAAGCCACACGAUGAGGUGGAACGUUGUGUCGAGGAGCCGUGCAUGCUGCCCUCCCAUGGCUAUGACGAUCAAUUUCCGCGCGAUUCCAUCAAGGUGGGAGUCUCGGAGCCAGGGAAAACGUAUUUGUGGCGCGAACAGGGCUAUACCUCAUGCAGUGCCUCGUGUCUGGGCGGCGUCGAGGAGCUCAUCAUAAAUUGUGUGCGUGAGGACAAUGGACGUGUGGUCUCGCCCUUUCUAUGCACACCAGAGAGCAAGCCGGAGGCACGUGUACGCACCUGCAAUGAUCGACCAUGUCCGCCGCGUUGGAAUUACUCGGACUAUACACCGUGCUCCAAGUCCUGUGGCAUUGGCAUUAAGACGCGAGAGGUGCAAUGCAUUCAUGAGGUGACGCGUGGUGGUGAGAACACAAUGGUUGUCCCCAAUAGCAUGUGUCCACAGCCACCGCCGGCGGAUCGACAAUAUUGUAAUGUGCUAGACUGUCCCGUGCGUUGGGAAGUGGGCGAAUGGUCGAAGUGCUCGCAUACCUGCGGCUAUGGCUUCAAAGAUCGCAAGGUCGAGUGCAAGCAGAUAAUGGCACAGGAGCAUAAGAUAGAGCGACCAGAGUCCAUGUGUCCGAGCGUCAAGCCGCCCGAUAAGAAGCCCUGCAAUGUCAAGCCCUGUCCGCCUGAAGAUCCCAAGCCGGUGAUACAAAUCAGCAACACCACGCACAUACAACACGAUCCCCGGAAGACGAAGAUAACGCUUAAAGUGGGCGGCGCCGGCAUCGUCUUCUUUGGCACGCAAGUUAAGAUUAAGUGUCCCGUUAAGCGCUAUAAUCGCACGAAAAUCAAAUGGAGCAAGGACCACAAACCCUUAGCACGUUCGCGCAAGUUUAAGGUGUCCAAGAAGGGUGCCUUACGUAUACUGGACAUAACAUUCCGUGAUGCGGGCGUGUAUUCGUGUCAUGCCGGCCUAAGCUCCGCCGAAAUACACAUCGAGGUGAAGGCGAAGCCGGGACAGCAGGCCGAGGACUUGGUGCGCCAGGAGGCAGACCGACUGGUGCGUGAACGGAGCGGCACGGAGGCCCUCACAUCGGCAGACAUGACGUUCGCAACAAAUGGCGCUGGCUCUGACGUCGAUGGCGGCCCAAAUGGCUCACAACAACAACAGCAACAGAACCAGCAGCAAAAUGGCAAUACACGUCGCAAGCAGCAGGGACAAGUUGGCCAGAAUAAUGGACGUGAACGCAAUCGUCGGCCAAAAUCUGAUGGUGUGCAGCAUGCGGACAGCAGCAUUAUGGAUGAUGAGCAUUCGCAAUUAGUGCAAUCACAGGACACAAUACCACAACCGGCGAGUGCCAGCAGCGGCAGCAGCCGCACUAAGACCCUGCUGGCCAUGCCGUAUUUCCAAGCAUUGCUGAGUAAUCUUCAGCGUUUCAAGGACUCACGCGGCCAGCUCAUGCUGCACGGCGAGGCUAUGAAAUAUGGCGUCGAUUUGGAGCCAAAUUUCGAACAGGAUGAGCCCGCGCGUGUCCAGACCAAGGAGCUGCACACCGAAGCAGGACGAUUGCUGGCUGGCGUCCCCGCCCCCCAAACCGGCUCAGAGGAUAUGCCACCACACAUGCCGCACGUGCGUUGGGAGACGGCAACGACAGCGACCAACACUCUCCUGGCCAGCACAGCGGCCAGCUUGGUGGUCAGUGAGUUGGAGACGAUGGCCAAUAGCAAUGACUUCAUCUACAAAUGGCAACUGGGCGAAUGGUCUAAAUGCUCGCAACAAUGUGGCGCCGCCGGCAGCGGACUCAGGCGCCGCACGCUGAGCUGCCUGCGCGAGCCCGCAGCAGCAUCGAACAACAACAACAACAACAGCACCGGCUCUGCGAGUUCGAGCCUUGUGGACAAUGCGCACUGCGCCGCCCGUGGGUUGGACAUGCCUGACACGUUCCAGAGCUGCGGCAACGAGCCCUGUCCGCAGUGGACGAAGGGCGAUUGGAGUCUGUGCCACCAGUCGCGCUGCCACGGACGCAACACGGCCAUACAGCGGCGGGAGGUGCGGUGCCGGUACGAGAACGGGAGCGUGGGCAACGCCUGCGAUGAAUACGAAAAGCCGUCGGCGCGUCAGGAAUGCUAUAACGAACGCUGCAAGGGCGUGUGGCGCGUGGAGCCCUGGUCCGAGUGCAAUGCGCCCUGUGGACGUCAGGGCAUCAAAUACCGCAUACUGCAGUGCGUCUGGUAUGGGACUCGCCGGCCGGCGGGCAACGUCUGCAAACAUCAGCAGCGACCGGAAGUCAUGAAGGUGUGCAAGAGUGCGCCCUGCCUGUCCAAAAUGCACACACCAGACGUCGCGCAUUGUCGGGACUCGUCGCGUUAUUGCCGGAAUGCUCGGGCCAUGGGUCUCUGUCGGCUGCAUCGGUACAAGGAGAAGUGCUGCAGCUCCUGCCAGCCCUCCCAAUAUAUAUUCCAUUAGCUCUAUGGGGUGAGCGAGCCUACCAAAAGCAACAGCAACAGCAACCAAAUGCGCAGAGGACUUUACGAUGUUUUGGAAGCAAUUAUUAUACAUAAAGGAUAAAGAAGAAAACUAAACUAUAGCAGAACAUACAAUUAAGCAUAACGCAUACGAACUAACGAGGUAUUUGAUAUAUUUAUAGCAUGUAUUUACAAUUCAUUUCGUUUAUUGUUUCAUAAACGUCAACAUAAUGUCAACUGAAUUAUAGCAAAAUUUCAUUUCUAAAAUGGCAACAUUGUUAUAAAAACAGUCAAAGUAAUAAUAAUAAGGAAUGGCAUAAAUAUCAUCAACAUCAACAUUAGCUGCAAGAAUGUAAGGUAACUGAUUGAAAAAUUCAGCGGAAAACAUUAAGGACUACGGGAGAUAUUUUAAAUAAAGAAUUAAAACGAUUAACAAACAUUAUGACAAAAGUAAACUAUGUUUAAAAAAUUCUAAACAUACG